CGGGGAGGAGAGCCCCUCACGAGAGCCUGCGAGGACCGAGACCACAUCGAGCUGCAGGCCCUGCCGAUGCGUCUGGAGAGGCCGCUUUCCCUCCGGGGAACCACGAUUUGGCCCCAGAUGAGCGGCCCGAUUGGGGGGGCGGCGGCUUUCGAUGCACUCUGGUUCCCCCCAGUCUGGCGUGCCCUACGGAUCCACGACGCGAGCACCCCUAGUCGCCAGAGUUCGCCUCGGCGGCCUCCUCGACCCAGGCGUCGGCUGUGGCCGCGGCGGUGCGCACGGCCAGGGCCCUCCUGAGCCGGUCCCCGCCGGUGGUGCACCUCGGCAGCGCCAUCGACGGCAUGUUGCGGGGGCAGCAGGCCCAUGGGGACCCGAGGUGCCCUUGCGUGGGCCUGGACGGCCUCGUCGGCCGGAGGACCGCGCGCGUCGAGGGGGAGGAGGUGGAGUUCCCCGCGGACCUCGGGGGGCAGUGCAAGGCUUGGGACGACGGUUUUCACCCCAGGUGCGAGCCCGGCGAGUCGGCGCCCUGGUGCGGCGAGGCGUGGUGCUACGUGGAUCCAUGCAACUGCGACAUGCCGGUGGCCCCGACAUUGUCGGAGUACUUGCCCGAGGGGGCGUACCAGGGCAAGCCGAUACACUUCUCCUACGCGACCUGCGACGCCGUGGACGCGUGGACCAGGGGCCACGCGAGGAGGCCGCCCGUCGACGUGGCGGCCACCUGCAGCCGGGAGCAGGACGAAGAGGUCUGGGGCAAGAGGGGCUGCCCCUGCAUCGGCAUCGGCGACGGCGCGGGCGCGACGGAGGUGCAGCUCGGCCAGAACCGGGUAGCCUACCCCGCUGGCCUUGGCGCCAGGUGCGAGGCGUGGGACCAGGGCCGCCACCCCGACUGCCGGGGGCCCGGCGCCGGCGAGUGGUGUGCCCGGAAGUGGUGCUACGUGGACCCGUGCUCCUGCAACCUCGCCGUCGCCCCCAGGGGGUCCAGUUACCUCAACGGCACCACGCACCUGGGGCGGCCCCUGCAUUACUCGUACGCGGCCUGCGGCAACGAGGACCCGCGACCCGACGGCGACGCGUGCGCCGGCCUGUCCAGGCUCGUCUGCGAGGGCGGCGGCGUGGAGGCGGCGGCACGCUGCAGGUGGGACCACGCCGGCGGCCGCUGCGUGUCGUGGGGGCUGCCGGCGCUGUGCGACCCAGGGCACGGUGCCCGCAGCAGCGCGGCGCGGCACGGCCUACUGCUCGUGUUGCUUCUCGCGUUAGGUGGCUGGGUGCUGCCGCUGCUGGCGCCGUAGGCAGCGUCGGCAGGGCGACGUGCAAAGAAGUGCGCAGCGGUGGUGCCGAU